UACCCCGCCUGACCGGCUCACCUCCGCCGCGUCCACCCCCACCCGGCUGACCGUCGGCGGCGCACCAGCCCUCUUCGCCCCGUACCCCCGCCCGACGGCCCCGCCGCCAAGAACUCGAGCUUUCUUGGCACAAGAAGCCGUUUCUUGGCCCGAGACAGCGUUUCUUGGCACAGGCCAAGAAACCCGGCGCCGGCGAGAUGCCCAGAAGGCCCCGCCGGGUCCAGGCGCACCCCGUGGCGGCGCAGCUCGGAGAGGAGGGGCGCCCCCUGCGCGAGCGCCUUCGCUUCGCCGUUCGACGCGGGAUGGCGCGCGGAGGCCCCGCCGUCCGCGCUCUGCUUCGGCGCGCGGUGGCGCUCGGCGGCCGGCAUCUCCUCCGACCACUUCGUAUGCUCCUGGGGCUCGGAGGCCGCCAUCUUCUGCGGCCUUUUCGUCUCCUGUGGCGCGGCCUGGAGCUCGGCGGCCACGCCCUGCAGCGCGCCGCGCUCGCCCUCGGCCGCCCUCUUCGUCUUCUGUGGCGCGGUCUGGAGCUCAGCGGCCACGCCCUCGGCCGCCGACUCCUCGUCGCCCGCGCCCGACAGCAGGAGGCUGUGUACGGAGACGCCGAUGGCGAGCCCAGGACGCCGCCGAGGCCGACAGCGCAUGGCACAGCUAUCUUCUACGAUCCCCGUGGGCGUCGACCUCGUCCUCCCUCGCUGCCGCUGCCUCCGCCGCCGCUACCUCCGCCGCCCCAGCCCUCUCCUCCUCCUCCGGUGGUUGUUGAUGGGGUGGAUGUGCCCAGGCACAUAGUCGAUCUUUUUGUCGACUAUUGCAGGAGAAGCUGUCCGGCUAAUUCAACAAUUUGUCACUUUUGCGUCUUUGAAAUGCAGCGCUCUCGUGAUUUCACUGUUGCUACUUGGGAGAUGCCCGGGCACUGUCAUGAUCUUCACAGGUUAGAGGGAGGGAGUGUCCGUUGCCCCGUGGCUGGCUGCCAUGUUCGAGUACGUCCAGGACGUGAUUUGGCACUGCACAGCCGCUUCCUGCACGAUUUCCCCCCAGGCUGGUGGCGUCGGUACAUCUGAUCUUUGAUGUACACAAGAAAGGUCAGGCUAACAAGUGAUGCAAAUCUAGUUGCUGUCAUGAUGCUGUGAUGAUGGAGACGAGGAAGCCCACCUGAAGAGUGAUGCAAAUUCUCUGUUUUUUCGUUCUUUAGAUGAUUCAUUCAUAGCUGAGAAUGAAGAAACUCUUAGGCAUGCUGCGAUUUGUAAAAUAGACUGCUACUCAUUCAGGUUUAAAGUAAACCGGAUUGAAGCUAGUGUGUACAGACUGGGAUCAAGUGUUUGAUCAUGACUGGAUCUUGCAAAACAUC